AAAAAAUUCAAUUCUUUUGUGAACUCCCUGCAUUCCCCACUCACGCUGUGGACGCCAUUUUGGUAAAUUGUUGAUGUUGUCAGAUACUGUUCACUAUCCAGUUAAAACAUAAUGAAUCCAGAUUGUAAAGAGGACGAGGAAGAAGGGUUCAUUGUCCGUGUACGUGGUUUACCGUGGUCUGCAACUCCCGAGGAGAUUGUCAAGUUUUUCAGUGAUUGCAAUAUACCUGAUGGAGAGAAUGGAGUUCAUUUCACAUUUUCUCGAGAUGGCAGGCCAAGUGGAGAGGCAUACAUCCAGCUAUCAUCUGAGGAAGACGUAGCCAAUGCAGUGGCUAAACACAACCAACACAUGGGCAGGAGGUAUAUAGAAGUGUUCCGAUCCAAACAGAGUGAGAUGGAGUGGGUAGUGAAGAGGGCAGGUCCCAACCAAAUGGUAGGAGGAGAUGCCGUCAUUAGGCUGAGAGGACUACCGUUUGGAUGCUCAAAGGAAGAAAUAGCACAUUUUUUCACAGGGUUGGAGAUAGUACCUAAUGGUAUAACGCUACCACAAGAUGGCCAGGGGAGGACAACGGGGGAUGCUUAUGUCCAGUUUGCGUCACCAGAUUUAGCAGAGCGGGCCUUAGAAAAACACAAGAAAACAAUAGGGCACAGGUACAUAGAGAUAUUUAAGAGCAGCUUACAGGAAGCCAAAAAUGCCAUGAACAUGAUGCAGAGAAUGGAGAUGAUGUCACGGAUGGGUGGCGGCGGUGGAGGCCGCAUGGGCAGUGGUAUGGGGAGACCUGGACCAUACGACAGGGUGGAUCGAUUUGGUGGUGGCAUGGGAGGCGGCAUGGGCAGUGGAAUGGGGAGUGGCAUGGGUGGAAUGGGUUCCUAUGGAAACCGAGGAAGAGGAAGGAACAUCAAAGGCUUUUUUGACGAUGACUAUGAUGAUUACGGCAAUGGUUUUGGUGGAGGUGGCGGAUAUGGAGGUGGAAAUUUUGGUGGAAAUUUCCGCAAUAGGCGAGGAGGUGGCAUGGGAGGAGGCAUGGGAGGCAUGAGUGGGGGGAUGAACAGAGGAUCCAAAGGUUUUGGUGGAAAAGGAGGAGGUGGCUUUGGUGCAGGGACACCGGGCAGCAACUUCAACAGUCAGACUGGUCACUCUGUCCACUGCAGAGGCCUGCCAUUCCAAGCUACAGAGCAAGAUAUUCUGGACUUUUUCCGCCCAUUAAACCCAGUGAAUGUGGUCAUUCAUUUCCAACCCAAUGGAAGGGCCACAGGGGAGGCAGAUGUGGACUUUGCCACCCAUGAAGAAAGUCAAGAGGCCAUGAAAAAGGAUAAAACUAACAUGGAGCAUCGGUACAUAGAGCUCUUCCUGAACUCCACGCCCCAGGGUCGCCAAGGAGGGGGCGGCGGAGGGGGAAACAUGGGAAUGAGUAAUAUGGGCAACAACAUGGGGAUGAACAAUAUGGGAGGAGGCUUUGGAGAUGGAGGUAUGAGCAGCUACAGUACCAGUAUGGGCAGUGGCCUAGGUGGCAUGAACAACAUGGGCAGCAGUAUGGGCAUGGGGAACAGUAUGAUGGGGAAUCCCAACUAUACAGCUUUUUAAGAACAUGGCUGCCCCAAGCGGGCUGGUUGUACAUGUGCCCACAUAAACUGAGAAAGGAGCUUCUCAAAGACAAUAUAAACUUCAUAUGAGGCAUUCUCAGAGCCGGGAGGAUAUGGCGAUUAUUUCAACAUUUGAUGGGGAUUGCGAUGGAUGCCCAAAUAAAAAGAACGUUUCUUUCCCUGUUGUAGCAUUUAUAAAAUCGUUUUGUCAUAUUCUUUUCUUUUUUUUUCUUUUUCUGUUUUUUUAUUAUAUGACAUACAUUUUGUACUUUCUCAUAAGUAAUAUAUAGAAAUUUUUUAUAGGAGAAAGGAACAUCAUACACUUGUGGCUAUCAGAGAAGUAUAAAGGGUGACAAAGGUCUUGUAAGAGCUUCAAGAUUAUCCAAAAACGUCACAUUUCUCUAUUAUUUAGCAGUAUCAGUUGUGUUGGGACAGUCUUUAUUGCACUUAAAAGCAAUGUCUGUCUAAAUGAAGUUAUAUAGAAAAGUAUAUUUUAUUGUGGACGUUGUAAAAUUUCAUCCCAAUAUGCCUUUGUAAUAAAAUCAAAUGUUUUAGCUUUUAGUUA